ACCAAACUUUGGGAUUCACUGGUUUGCACCACUAGGGGGUGCCAAACAUCAACUAGAACAUCACAGAGCAACGUGGGUGUUUUCUGUCCAUUAAAAUGGAAGUCGGGUUGUCUCAUCCCCCUUUGAAUCCAUCUUCAAUUGAAAGAACCGGAGAGCCGGUUUCUCGCAUUUCAGCUAACAUGAUCCUGACGGCGCUAGUAUUCGCUCUCCUGCAGACCGAGGGAGCGGCAGCGGCGUCGGAAGAGAUGAACGUGUACCAAACACCGCCGUUCAUCAUAAAAAGAAUCGGACAAGACCUCUCCAAGGAAAUAAAAUGCUCGCACGGCAUCAAGGAUUACGACGUCAUCCUCUGGUACAAGCAAAGCCGGGGCGGCACGAUGGAGCUUUUGGGGUACCUCAACCAGAAGUUCGCUGUGCCCGAGGACGGCUGGAAAGGGAAGGUCGACUUCACCGGCGAUGGCCGCCAAGAGUCCUACCUGACCGUCGCCGAGCUGCGCUCGAUCGACAGCGCCGUGUACUUCUGCGCCGCUAGCACGGCGCUGCGGAUCGGCUCUCCAGUCGUCACAAAACCCCCUCGCUUAUCUGGGUUUAAUAUCAAAACCGACACCUGCGGUAUCCGACUCCAUCGCUGGCGCUCCACCACCACGACGGCCCGGACGUCAUGCUGUGGUACCGCCGGGGCAGAGGCCACCUGCCCGUCGAGCUGGUCGGGCAACGAGCCCGUCUACAGGUGGAACCGCACUGGCCUGGAAAUAAGACGCGAGGACACGCAGAGAGGUUCUCUCAGCAUUCCCUCUGUCAGGGUGUCAGACACAGAACCAGGUCGAGAACCAAAGCCGCCCGAGGUCACCUUGCUCCCGCCUUCGCCGAAGGAGUGUCACAACCAGAAGGACAAGCACAGGCAGAAGAAGACGCUGGUGUGCGCGGCCACGGGCUUCUUCCCGGACCACGCGGUCCUGACCUGGCAGGUGGACGGCCAGGACGUGCGCACGGGCGUGGCCCAGGACGGCGACGCCCUGCCGGACGGCGACUUCUACAAGAAAAGCAGCAGGCUGCGCGUGGAGGGAGAUUUGUGGUCGACCCCCGGCAGAGCCUUCACCUGCACGGUCAGCUUCUUUGACGGCAAGAACACCACGCUGCACUCCAAGACGGUCUACGGCGUCCUAGGUGAAAAAAGGACAAGAGUGGGUUAUUUGCGCUCGACGCAGAGCGCCAAGCUAUCCUACGUCGUCCUCCUGGUCAAGAGCGGCGUCUACGCGGCCUUCGUCGGCUUCAUGGUGUGGAAACGUCGGGUUGGUACUUCGAAACCCGUAAAGACGCGCAACGUCCGCCAUUUAUGGAUUUUGCCCAAUUGCUAAAAAAUUUUGACCGCACACACUAAACAGACUGAGCGCUUAAUUGUGAACAUUUUUGUUUGCUUGUUUUCGACAUCGCGGAGCACGGCGGCAAAUCGCCGAAACUGAUUUUGCCUGUUUUUCCGUUUCAGGGUCUGCCCACAAAGCUGAGCCUGAGUUAGCUGACUUGCGGCUGCCUUUAAAGGAGCAACAAAGCUUUUAAACAAACAAACAAAAACAUUUUGGCUGUAAUGUGUUGCAUGUGGGAAAUAUCGACGCGUCAGCUCCGCAUGUCGGCGGCGUCAUUUGGAAAGUUUAGGGUGUUGUUGUUGUUGUAGUUCUCGUCGAGUCGAAUGAGGUCGCAGAGGGAAACAGGAUGCGGUGGCGCCCGCUCGCAGCGCCGAAGAGCCGGAAAAGCAGAAACUUUUGCACGCUGCACCUGCAGAUAAGCUCGGAAAUCUCAUUUGUUCGUUUGUUUUUAGGAGCUUAGUUAAUGAAGUCGUUGCAAAACCUGUAAUAAUUACUUGUGUCCUAAAAAAACAUAAAACGAAAAUAUACGAUAAGAAAUCAUAAUCAUGAUUUGGUUCAUUUUGACUUGUAUUGUUGUUGGUUUUAGUCUUAUUGCUACUUUUGAAAGAUUUCAAUGAAUUUUUGAAGUUUGACAGAAGGACUCAGAAGUUGUGCCCCCCCCCAAACCA